GUAAGAAUAAGUUCUAGCAUGACAGAGUCAAGUGAUCAAGUUAACUCCUCCCCAACAUCCCCAAGUUCGCCAUGGGACGCUGGUUUGCCAUCACCAGCAAUCUCGGCUCCUCCUUCUCAGCCCCAAUCACCAUCCGUAUAUCGAUUACCAUUCUUUCAACCACCAGAGCACUCAUGUACGACCACUAAAACUAAAACGAGCCAUAAGAGUAAUUUAUCACAAACGCCACCAGUGUUUUCUGCUCCAGCGUCACAAUUGCACUCGCCAUCACUAUCCAGAUCACCUUUUCUUGGGACACCAGACCGCCCCAUCACUAUGCCUCCUAGUGGAUCUCGAAGACCCCUUAGUUAUAUCAAAUCUAGGGAUAUAACACCAAAAUUCUUGACACCUUUAGCUAGUCCUUUUACAAAGGUGCUACGACUCACCAAGCUAGACCCACAUGAUGCUUGGCUUCCUAUCACUCAAUCAAGGAAUGGAAAUGCUUAUUAUGCAGCCUUCCACACACUUUGCUCUGGAAUUGGGAUUCAAGCACUUAUUCUCCCUGUUGCUUUCACUUUUCUUGGCUGGGCAUGGGGUAUUAUAUCGUUGGUUAUGGCAUUCAUAUGGCAACUCUACACUUUGUACUUGCUUGUAAAUCUCCAUGAAUCUACUGAAACUGGGAUUCGAUACAGCAGAUACAUGCAGUUAGCACAAGCAGCCUUUGGUGAAAGGUUAGGGAACGCCCUAGCUAAAUUUCAGAUUCUAUAUCUUUCUGCCGGAACUUGCCUAACGCUAAUCAUCAUCGCCGGAUCAACAACCAAAGUCUUCUUCCAAGUUGUUUGUGGUGCUUCGCGGUGUAGGGCUGAAACAUUGACAGCAACAGAGUGGUACUUGGUCUUCACAUGUGGAGCAAUGCUACUUUCUCAGUUACCCAACAUGAACUCAAUUGCUGGGAUCUCACUCGUUGGUGCUAUUACAGCUCUUGGAUAUUGUAUGACCAUAUGGGUCGUAUCAGUGGCUGAAGGUAGAUUAUCAUAUGUGUCGUAUGACCCAUUAGAAGCUACAUCAAAUUCUGCUAAGAUCUUCAACAUUUUUAAUGCCCUUGGGAUCAUUUCUUUCGCAUUUAGAGGCCACAAUCUUAUACUAGAAAUACAGGCUACAAUGCCAUCAAGUGAGAAACAUCCAUCUAGAAUCCCAAUGUGGAAGGGUGUCAAAGCUUCAUAUACUCUUAUAGCCGCAUCAUUAUUCCCCCUUGCAAUUGGUGGAUAUUGGGCUUAUGGCCAAUUAAUUCCUGCAUCUGGGAUGUUGGCUGCAUUGCUCAUGUUCCACAUAGAAGAUCUAGCAAAGUCUAUCCAAGCUCUAGUAUGCUUGCUUGUGAUCAUCAAUUGUCUUACUUCAUAUCAGAUAUAUGCAAUGCCAGCGUUUGAUGAGAUGGAGUCGAUUUAUGUGAUACGUUUCAAAAAGCCAUGCUCUUGGUGGUUCCGGAUGGUCAUGCGUUCAUUGUUUGGGUUUAUUAACUUCUUUUUGGCAGUUGCAUUUCCUUUCGCGGGAGGGGUAGGUGGUUUGAUUGGAGGAGUUGCUUUGCCUGUGACAUUGGCUUAUCCAUGUUUCAUGUGGCUUAAGAUCAAAAAGUUACAAGUCUAUAGUUUUGAUUGGUGGUUAAAUUUCGGGCUAGGUGUUUUGGGAAUGGGUUUAAGUGUUCUUGUGAUUGUUGGAGGGGUUUAUACUAUUAUUAACACUGGUAUUCAAGGUAAAUUCUUUAAACCACAAUAA